GGUCAUCUUGCCCACUGUACCUAUCAUCUGGCCCCUAGUCCACCCUCAACCACCUAUCACAAGAGCUUUGCGUACCUUCACAAUCGUCGCGGCAACUAUAACAGUUAUUCUUUCUAUUUAAAAUGGCCCUCCUCCCCUAUCCUCUCCCCUCACCUCUCUCCCUUACCUGCUCCUCCAUCUCCCCUCACUCGACUGUUUCCUCUCACUAUGCUCGUUUUGCAUCGUCAUCUCAACAUUAGCGAAUCUCUUUAAUCAUCUUUUACACAGUCGAUGAUCCCCGCGUAAUCUUGCCAUCGAAAACCAAUCCGCGUGAUACGAGCUAGCUACCUGGCUAGCCCACCACUACUCAUAAUGACCGACUGGGCUGCCAAGGUCAAGACGAUCGGCCUCACCCAGGUCUACUGCACGAAGGAAAAGCCGCUGGUCGAUAUCGUCUUCGUGCAUGGACUCAACGGUCAUCCGUACAAUACCUGGUCUACAAAGGAACCCCCCAUUUUUUGGCCGGCAGAUUUACUGCCCAGCCUGCUCGAGCCCUGCAAGGUCCGGAUCCUCACGUACGGCUAUAACGCCAAUGUUACUGCCUUUACCGACGGAGCGUCCAAAGACCACAUCCAUCAGCAUGCCGAAACCCUAGCCUCAACCCUAGCUGCUAAUCGCAACCUUCGCCACUGUCCGGAUCGGCCCAUCAUCUUUGUUUGCCAUUCACUGGGCGGUCUCGUCGUCAAACGGGCCCUGAUCUACUGCAGGAGCGUUUCGAAUGAAAAGAUCGAGCACCUUCGGUCGAUCUUCGUCUCAACGUACGGUAUCCUUUUUCUGGGGACCCCGCACAAUGGCUCAGACGUUGCGAAAUGGGGCGUGCUACUGCAGAACAUCUGCAGCGCCGUGCUGCCAAAGAAGUUCAUGGAGUCUUCUCCGCAGCUCAUCAAAGCACUGAGGACCAACAAUGAGACUCUCCAGAACAUCAACAGUCUCUUUGCCGACAUCAUGGGUCGUUUCCAUCUCUAUUUUUUCCACGAGACUCGAUCCACCGACGUCAAGGGCACCCGUGAACUAAUUGUGGAUGAAAGCUCGGCCGCUCCUUACUUUGAAGGCGUCGAGCGAAUGGGCAUCGAGGCGGACCACAGCCAUAUGUGCAAGUUUGCAGAUGAGGAUGCUCCCGGCUUCGAGGCUGUAGCUGAAGCUUUGCUUCGGUACUCGCGUGAUGCGCCCUUGACCAUCUUUGAUAGAUGGGUUGAGGAAGAAAAGACCCGCUUGGUCAUCCGGCAGACCAAAGCAAAAGAAAUCUUCAACAAUGAAAAUCCCGCAAAUCGACUUACCUUGAAAGGAGGGGGUGGUGAAUCCCCCGAUCCCGGCCCAUCCAAUAAGCCGCUGUUUGUGGUGCCAGCAGGAGAGCUGGAUAUCUUACACGCUCGGUUAUACAGAGCUAAGAAGCGGGCUGAGCGCCUUGCAGCUUCUCACCUGGCAAGACAAUACGUGUGGACUCAGCGCGACUGCUACCCCGGCGGCAUAUUCUGGUCGACUAGCAAUUUAACGGACGAGCUUGAAUUCGAGAGCCCGGACUUCAAAGCACCGCAGAAGUACGUAGAGGUGGAGUGGCUUCUCGUCUUUGAUGAUGACCUGAACCAUUUCAGGCAGUUUUUGCCUUUCAACAGACAAUGCAGCAUUAUGUACACCUCGAAACAGCGCUUGUACGAGCCUUACUGCCUUCAAGAUGCGUGCAAGCUCUUGUUCAAGGAUUUGGGAAUCAAGCGACCCACCAAAGAGCAGCUCCGCAAGGCAACCGAACUGGUCAUGCACUAUGAUCACCGCCUCAGUGCAACGUCCAAGCCAAUUGAAAGGUAUCAUAUCAACUCGCAUCUGACCGAUGAAAAGCUUGCGGAGCCCUUCCUCAGUAUUAUGCACGACCUCUACCGGAUGGGGCAUUUUGAGGCCCUGAACCUGAUCAAUCUCCUCUCUUUCCUUGGACACCAUACCUGGAAUCGGGGAGAUAUCGACACCACUUUAGGGAUCUUAAUUCGGUACGGUCUAAUUGAGAGGACCUCCGAUGCUUAUGUUUUGAAGGAGCUUUCCCCGCAAUCCGAGAAAGACCUGAUGUUCGACCCCAGAGCCGUGGUGCCCGAACUCAGUAGCCAGGAAGCUAGCUUCUCCAUCUACCAAAAGGCGGGUUCGAUCGAUGUCAUCAAGAUCCAUAGCGUGGUCCAGGGAUUCUGCCGCGACGAAUUGAAAAUCAUGGAUGAAGAGCAAAGGAAGCAGUCAUCGAGGCUAGAGGCUCGACGAGGGUCCGCGGCUGGAUCAAUCCCUGAAUCAGGAUCAGGCUCUGGAGUCGUCAAAGCCGAGGCCGGCUUCUACGAAUCAUGGCUCGUCUCGUACGAGAACGCGAAAAAGCGCAUGGAACUAGAUUACCGGGAAUAUGAAACUCACGCAUCCCGGUUGAUCGAGAACUUCCCGAAACGGGCCUCGAAAGAGAAAAUCGUUCAAGAGGCGCGUAGCGAAUUAAAACAGCUGAUGAGGAGCAUCUCCAGCGAAAUUGAGCGCCUGUCGCCCCAUUCUUCACAAGACUCCAUUCGCAAACAACGUUCCGUGUUUGAUAGGUCAAGCAGCUCUUCGUCCCCGUCGAGGCAACUGACAUGGGAUCUCGGCGACGAAUCGGCGAAAGUUGAGUCACCGAAGGAGCUACCCGCUGCGGCGCACGGGUUCAACCUGAGCCCCUUUCUCCCUCAUAUUUUUCGCGAAUCGAGUAGCGAACAGGAGGCCGAGGGAGCCAAUCGGGAGAAGAUGGAAGCCCAAGCUACGGAAAAGCCAUCGAUUGCUUCAAGCCCGCCACGGGACGAUCACGGCUGGCAGGUGGUAGAGAAGCCGCAGAAACCUAAGCCUGGGAAGGAGAGGCAGCUUAAACAGCGCCUAAAGUUUCCAACCCACAUACAUGGCUCCAAACCGGCAGCUCCUGUGCUCAAGGUCUUCCCUGUUGAAGGGAGGAGCGCGUCGAGCAGUAGCAUGGAGAAAGGCCGCAGUAUGCAGAAUCUGCCUGCCGGUCAAGCAAACCGAACAUGGGCUGCAGUGGUCGCCAAAGCCAAGCACGUCGCAGAGGCACGAGGAGCUCCUUCGUCUUCACCGAAGCAGCGGCCCUCGUCGUCACCUGGGGAGACGAAUCGCCCGGGUCUGCCCGUGCCGAAGCCGUUGGAAAGCAAAUCUUCGGAGCCACGCUUUCAGGAAGACCGAUUGAGCCGAUCCACAUACAGUGAGCCAGGUCCAGAAAUUCUCACACAACAGCUGCACGCACUGGACUUGGGAAUUGCACCGGACUCACGUUACCACUACCCGGCGCCGUUGAGGGACAUGUCGGCCAGUACGCCACGCUUGAAUGCGAGCAACAACAUGCCGCCGCCGCCUCCUGUCAGUCAGUCGGCCGCCACUUUCGGCCCAAUCGCUCCCUUCCAAACCACACACCAUUCAAUCACACACCCAUCUGCCAUCAUGCCGGGUGCCUCACCACCGGUUUCGAUUAUCACUGAUGGAAUCGGAAACACUGGUUACACAUCCGACCCGCCUCCCGCUUUGGAGCCAUUGUCACGAGGGCCUUCGGGGCAGUCUUACCAGUCCUGGUCACCAGAACCGGAACCAGAGCCCAUGCGCCUUCCACCGCGGCUCAUCCCCUUGCCAUCCAACUCCGUGGUGUACAUGCCCCAACAACAGUCACUUUCUGGGACUGGCGGCUGGAUAGGUGAUGUGCAGCAACCAGCAAGCCUGGGGAGUGUCGGCUCACCCGAAGACCUAGGGAUUCUGCACUUCGGGGCCCACCGAGUCGAUGUGCGGAACGCUCGGCAGAGGCUCGAAGUGGGUGGGCGCUAUCAGGUUUCUGGUACCGCGUGGCAACUAUAUCACUCAAAUAGAUCGGGUCCUCUCAUCCGUCCGAGCCAGGAUGCGUUGGCCGGUGCAGCCACACAGGGAACAUACGUUCGACGACCCCGAAGUGGCAGCUCCCCAAUACAUCCUGAGUAAAAGAUUGAUUUUGAUUUGUCACAUGAUAAUGAGAAUGAGGUGAGAAAGACGAAGCGGGGGGAAAAAAAGAAAGAAAGCAUCAGGCAGGUACUGGUGCAAAUGCAUAUGAGCGCCGGUUGGAGUUAUGCACUGUCCGCAUUCAUUUUCAUAUUAGCAUUGUCAUUCAGCGUUUGAUCGCUUUGAUCAAGGUUCAUGCAUAUAAGAUGGGAGAUAGAGCAGCAUAGGCACAGGCACAGGCGUUUACUGUUCACUCGGGCUUCUAUACCUGCUUUCCUUUUUGAUGUUUGGCAUACCCUUGUUAUGGAAGAGACUUCGUGCAUCUCAUGGUAAUGGUGAUAGUGAUAGG